AUGUCAAACAACUCUACUAACUCAAAUGACUCAAACUUACCUGCACCUUCUCUCUAUACCCCUAUAACAACUACAUCUCUCUCUCAACCAAUUACCUUUGAUACAAUUGCUAACUAUAACAACUUUUCUAAAACUCAUUGUCCUUCUCAUAUAUACUAUUCUCAAUCGGUCAUUCAUAAUCCUCAUAACCACUAUUCAACUCAUUCUUCAUCUGUUACUCCUCAUAUAUCUCAUUCUCAAUCGUUUACUUAUAAUUCUCAUAAUUGCCAUUCUUCAUUGAUAAAAACUCGACAUGCAUCAUAUCAAACCUCAAAACAACCUUCACAAUUCUGCCAAACUUCACAAUCUCGUCAAAUUUCACAAUCUCUCCAAACUCAACAAUCCCACAAAACUCAACAAUCCCACCAACCUCAACAAUCUAACUAA